AUGAUAACUACAUUUGGAAUUCCAUUUUCAGAAUAUUAAGAAUAAGCAAAUAACUUACCAACCUUAGUAAACUUUGAAUCAAAGUGUUUUUUCAUUGAUCAUAAAUAUGUAUUGUCAUUUUUAUGUAGCUCCCUAUAGAUUAAAGAUUUAUUCUUGAACUCAUAACAGCUACUUAGUAUAAUCAAAAGUAAAUAUAAGUAAAGGCUCAAUUAAUAUAUAAUACUUACAUCAAUAUCCCUUAAUUCUAUUUUACAUUAUAAGAUUGUGAAUGUAAUAAAUUCCAUGAUUCUUUAGCUUCUGAUUACAUACCUAUACAUGAAUUUAUAUAAGAUGAAACUGAAUAAUAAAACUUCAUAAAAGAUGUAAAACUUUAUAUUAGAUUUAGAUAAAUCCAGCUACAGGAAUUGCUAUGAUAACAAUGCAUAAUUGCUUAUUAUCUGAAUUCAUUCAUUUUGUUAGUGAAGGGAAAUCUUUUUUAUUGACUUUGAUUUCAUAUUACUUUUCUAAAUUGCACAUUUAUAUUAAAAAGUCAGAAUAUUAGGAAUGA